GUUGUGUAGUUCUAAGUUUCUGAUGUUUUCAAUGAGGUUAGGCUUGUGUGAAACUGGCAUAGCUGUAUAUCUGGUCAGGCUCCAAAGGUUUCUUGCCAUUUGUAAACACUGAAAUGGAGGAGUUUAUUGCUAGGAUGUUUCCCUGCCGUGCUGCAAAGUAAAAUUUGAUAGUGUUAUGGAUCUUGACCAGUAAGUCAAAUUGGCAAGUCUAAUUUAAUCAUGUGACUCAGUUAUCUGCAAAAUAUAAACAGUCAGCAGGAAUGGAAAUUGUAAUGAAAUGGUAAAUGAAAUAAUUUGAGUUUUAGUAGACUACUGUUAUUCUAAGAUGAUAACCAAAUUAUGAUCUUGACAAUGUUUAUUAAUGGUAUGUAAAAAUAAUAACCUCUGAUGCAGUGUUGUAAUACAUGGAAGUCUCUAGCAUGUCCCAUAUAGCAGAAGACUCAGUACCAGUCCCAGGGAAUGAGAAAGUUGAAGGAAAAACCUGACAGUCGUGUUUUUCAGUAGGAAACCAAGCCAAAUUUCAGCCUACAUUGGAAAGACAUUUUAGGAAAAGUAUAAUAUAAUAUUGUAUCAAUGGGAAAAUUCUUCUAAUUCAAGUCCAAGUUGGCUUUUGUGUUUGGUUAAAAUAUCUAAAUGAACCUUCAGUUCAGACACUUGCUUCUGUAGAUGGCAUAAACUGAGAUUUCUGUAGCGUUUGGAAUUCCGUAUGAAUGACUGAAAACAUUUUCCCUUUUUUUUUUUCUUUAAAGAACUGCAAAGACUGAACAAAGAGCUUCAAGAAGAAAGAUAAAAAUACUUGGAAACACUGAACCACGUAGUACCCAAGCAUGAAAUAUAAGCUAGGGCAAGGAGCAGAUCAGAUGACAAAAGUAGAGAAAUUAUUGUUAGUCUUUAGAAUUCCUACUUAUAGAUAGAGGAUUUCUAGGCAGUAGAACAACAAAAUAAAGUGUGUUUUGAGGCAGAGAAGAAAGAUAGCUGCAGACAUGAAACACCCAAUUUGUUUUAUUUAAAGGUUGAGUAAGAAAAAAAAAAUGGGCUUUUGACUCUAAGGAAUAAUUAUUUGAAAUUACUGCAACCAUCUCAUUCAAUUUGACAACAUGAAGUGGCAUUCUGAGAAAAGUUCUUACUGAGUAAUUUUUGACACACGUAAUGUCAGUUCAAAUACAUGUUUCAAUAAUUUUGUUGUUCAGUCUGUUAUAAUUUUCCACUCCUCAAGAUGACACUGAAAAUGUGCCUACUAUACUGUUACUGAAUUUUAUUUUUAUAUAUAUAUAUUUGUGCAUGUAUAUAUAUAUAUAUUCAGCUAGUAAAAACUGAGCCAAUGCAUCAUAAAAAAAUUGUGGAUGAUGUCAGAGAAGAAGAAAGUAAGGAUUGUGAAGACAAUGAAUGUGAAAAUUUUGAAGAGAGAUUCACUGAUACUGCAGUCAAAAUAGAGUUGACAAUUGUGACAACUGGGCCUGACCUUUACGUAGCACAGUACGUAAAACCAGUGAAAUGGAUCAUCUUAUGUACUGUUCUCGUAGGCCCUUGCACACAUUUCAUCUAAAGCAGAUGAAUAUUUUCUUUGCAGUCAGUGGGAUUAACUCCCAUUUUAUAAAUUAAAAUAACUUAUUUCAGGAGUAGAAGGGGCAGAAAGAAACAUUUUUUUUUCGUUAUUAGUACAAAAUGUAUAUUAUUUGAAAAUCAAGGAAAGCAAAAGAAGAACUUGUGUGUUUAAACCUGUACCUCUGACAUUUUCAAAUGCACCCAAAGGAGUCCCUUUACAAUUUAGCCUUGGUAAUAUAGAACUUAGUUUGUUGGAAGGAGUUUGGAAACAGGCUUUGAUCUCUGCUGAGCUCUUGAACAGUUAAAUGAGUUCUGUUUUAGUAAUGGGAAUGACUAUUUCCUGAAUAAGCAGGCAGUUUGAAUUAGUUUGAAGAAUGCAUGAAGAAACACUGACAUGUAAUCUCAUCAGUCUCCAUCAGAUACUAAAGCCUGACCUGAUUGGUGCUUGGAUGAGGAGGAAGCUUAAGGACGAUGAUGGAACAUGAGGCUACUCAGCUAGAAAAGCAGCAUGUGCAUAGUGUGUAUGAAAAUACAGCUGCCUUCUUUAAUGAUCUGCAGAGUAAAGCGUGGCCUCGUGUUCGAAACUUUCUGCUGGAGCAAAAACCUGGCAGUCUCAUUGCUGACAUAGGUUGUGGAACUGGAAAGUAUCUCAGUGUCAACAGUCAGGUAUAUAAUAUCGGCUGUGAUUACUGCAGACCAUUGGUAGAGAUUGCCAGGAAGAAAGAUGAUGAAGUUCUGGUAUGUGACAACCUUAACCUUCCCUUUAGGGACCAGUGCUUUAAUGCAGUCAUUUCUAUUGGAGUGAUCCAUCAUUUCUCAACUAAACAAAGAAGAAUCAAAGCGAUAAAGGAAAUGGCAAGAGUAUUGAUACCUGGAGGCCAGAUGAUGAUUUACGUUUGGGCUAUGGAACAAAAGAAUCGUCGCUUUGAGAAACAAGAUGUAUUUGUUCCUUGGAAUAAGGCCUUGUGCUCACGGCAUUUUUCAGAAUCGAAUCAAUCUGGAGAUAAGGGUGAGUUUGUGCACGCUGUGAAAAGCCAAGACAUACACCCUGCACAGCUAGUCAUCUCCGAUUGUAGGUACCAAACCAAUCUGCAGCCAGAAACUGAUUCAAAACAUUCCCACAAUACGGACCAUUGCUUAUCCAGAGCCUGCUGCAUGAAAAUUUCUGAAGAAGAAAACAGGUUUUACAGUGCUCUAGGAAGAUCUUUCCGCUCAUGGUUUUUCUCCAGGUCCCUUGAUGAAUCAGCCCUGAGAAAGCAAACUGACAAACUGAAGCCUCUGAAGAACGAAGGAGAAUGGGCAAACAGUACUGUACCCAUUCAGCAUUCACGACACUGCAGUUUGGAUUUAGGUCACCAUGGGGCACUGUUAAAAGAACAAAGUUUAGAUGAUGAUGAUGUAUUCGUGGAAAGCCUGCCUCUCAAAAAACCACAGUGGUCACUAGCCACAAAUGCACUAAAGGAUUUAAGUUUAAAUGGAGGACAUCAAAGCAUAGCGCAGAGCAAGAGGGAAGAAUCUUCAUUUAUAAAUGGCCCAGUGGAAGACACGGACUACAGCUGCAGCUGUAGUAAAGAUGGUGCUGGUAAGUCUAAUGCCAGCAAGUUUUUCAAAAGAACUUCAACAACUGACUCCACUGACUCUGCUUUGGAUUCAGCAGUGUCUGUUGGGGACCAAACUGAUGCCACGUCGGAUACAAAAGCCUUCAUGCGUUAUUACCAUGUUUUUCGGGAAGGAGAACUAUGCUCACUGGUAGAAGAGAACGUGCCUGAGCUUCAAAUACUUUCUUCAUGCUAUGACCAUGGAAACUGGUGCAUUAUUGCAGAGAAAAGAGGAACAGAGCUAUAAAGAGAACAAAGCAGAAUUCAGUGACUGCAGAUUUUAAGCUGCUCCUUGUGUUUCUAUGAUUGUGCAGUGUGACAUGGAAUUUGAAUCUCACGUAGCUAUGUACCAUUCAUUUCAGAGUUGUUAUUUCUCUACCUAGUUAACUAUCUAAUACAAGGUCUGUAUACAGGAAUGUAAGUGGUAAACAAUAUUUAUGUUUUGUUAAAAUUUUAUGAAGUUAAAACUGGAGAGUUUUAUAUUACUUUUAGCAAAUAAUCAUGUUUUUAAAUAUACUUUUCUAUUGAAAAAUAAAUCCUUUUCAUAAGAUAAGUAUCAGGGCAUCUUUUAUGAGAAAUACCCUCUCAGUAGAAAGUUUAGGCUUUGUUCUUCAAGCACUGAAAAUGCGUCACGUUACUCCCUGUUCCUGACUCCUAUAAAUAGAGAUAUAGGCACAUGUAGAAACGUACUUGAUUAUAUACUGAUAAAGUGCAUGCUGCAAAACUGGGAGCAAGUAUGGUCCCAGCGCUACUUAGUUUGGAGUGGAGUUGUUAAUGGGCAAAACCUGUACAAAGCAAACUCUACAUAUUCUGUCAUUUGAGCUUUGCAUUUGGGAGCAAAUGACAGAGCCAAUUUUGAACAGUAUUUUUGACUUUUGUUUUAAAAAGAAUCUAAUUUGUGUCUCAGGUGCAAGGUAAGUUUUAUGUAUUAGCUCUCACCAAUACUUUAUCUUAAUUUCCUUUGCUGUAGUUUUUCUCUGGUUAUGUGUACCUAGAAGUCAGAGGGAUUUGUGAGAGUAUCAGUAUUAUGUAAAGGUUACAAAGUAUGAAAUAUUUCAGAUACAUAUAUCUUUUUUAUAAACCUGGGAAGCUAAGAUAAAACUAAUAAAAUUCCAAUGCAUAUCUGAUCAGCUGUUAUAUUUGCUCUUCUCAUUCACUGAUAUGAGAAUAUGUAUUAAAUGCUGUGUUAAAUAAUAUGUAUAGGGACAAGAUACAGUUUGUGUAUAAAACCAAAUUCCUGUCCUGUGCAGUUUAAAUGAAUCUUUUGAGACCUAAAUUAUAAUAGAUUGCUUGAGCAACUUCCCCAGUCCCUGUAAGACAUAAAUUUUGCUGAACAUGGUGCCCCAUCAUCAUCCAGUUGUACUGGAUUGUAGCAGUUGCCCUGAUGUAGUUGUUUACAUCCAAAUCAUCUCACCCCUUUCAGUGGGAAACUUAUAAUGUGAAGUUAUAUAUGUUGUGGAUAAAAUUCACCUGGCUUCUGAAGAUCAGUAGUGAAACUGUAACUGUUACCAACUGAAGCAGGACUGGACAGGGCUUAUUGCCUUGUUAGCAUGAAAUUACAUAAUUUUUAGACUAUAUACAGUCAGCGGUUUUAGUCUAGGGCACAUCUUCAGCUGAUGUGAUUUCAUGACGGUUUGAUGGAGGUGCACAGAUUCAGCCCAGAGAUCAACCCUUGUGGUGCAGCAGUUUGAGACACCCACAUAAUUAAUAUGUCUGCCCUAUUAGUGAGCAAAUAACUUUGAAUAAUGAGCAACAGGAGUGAAAUACUGAACUUUUCCAGUCAGUAAAUAGACUGGAUUUUGUGUUGUUCAGUAGAAAGCCCUGAUAGUGCUGAAUAUUUUUUAGAUGUAGCUGCCCAGAAGUAAUUGCCACACAGUAAUGUAUUAUAUAUUUAUUUACUGGAGUGAUGUCUGUAGAACAAUUGUCUUUGUCUUCUUCAUAGUUUGAGAUCCUUGUACUUUAUCCUUCCUGGGUUUGUACCACUUAUACUCUCCACUACCUUUUGAAAAUAAAAGCGUGGUUGAAGAACCAUGCAUCUGAAACUUCUGAAACAUUACUCCACUCUAGGAGGUUCUCAGACACUGUGUCUGAGCCAUGCUUCUGAAAACUGGCAAUAUCUCCUGCAUUGUGGAGUCCAGCUACUCACAGCUGAGGAGCUGCUCCUGCUGCAUCUUCAAGCUCUAGAUUUAGAAGCACAGUGCAAAAAUUCCCAUGCUGGCAUAUUGCAGAGGCAGCAUGGAUCAUGCUGAGCUCCACACCUCACCUGCAACAUGCUCAUGUUGGACUGGUGAGGCCUGCCUAAUUUUUUGGAAUUUCUGGAGGAGCUUGAGGAUUUUAGAAGAGAACUCAGUUGCUUCCACGUAAGUUAUGCCAGUGGAUAUUCAGCACCCCUGGAAUUUGAGCCAUGUUUAGGUAGGAGGUAGUUGAUUAUCACCCUGCAUCCAGCUUUGAAAGUUCAUCCCUAAACUACAACGUGUAGAAAUUCUAUUACACAUAUAUAAAAAUAUUUAUAAAAAAUUAAUAAUUUAAACUGACAGCUGGGUUUAGUUAGCUGGGAGAAGGAACGCCACCAUUUUGUUAUCUGCACUUCUACAGUCUAUCUGUGUAGUAUUCAAUAUUUAGUCAGGCAGG